AUGUUUAUUCCACAGACCUCUUCGGAUUUCGGGCAGCAUCCUAGUCGAAAGCCAUUAUCGUCUUCGCUAUCACUUCAUCCCUCCUUUUACCUUGCUACUCAAGGCCCAGUCUGUCUCCCUGAUCUUGAUGUAGGCGAGCGCUGCAGUGUGAUAAAUACGACCAAGUACUCCGCAUUACCCGGACGACGCACCAACGACUCCAUUCACUCACCAAUACAUCUUCCAUAUGACCGCGACGCCGACACCCCUAUCUCUGUCCUAUGCGCUUCCAACGCUCCAAUUUACCCCUUCCAUGCUCGAGAGGAAACGACGAACACGCUCCAUUCCAACGGGCAGUAA